AUUUAUUUUUCUUGCAAAAAGAGGAACUUGAAGAUCGAGGAACUGUGUCCUCUCGAAGGGAAACCCGAUUAUUCGGCAUUUUUAAGUAAUGACACAUUUCCCUGGGUGUUUGAGUUAGGACACACUGGGACAGUUUGACCUUAUCAACUCACAUCAUGAUGAGCAUGGACCUGACGGCUGAGAGUCACUCCAUCCCUUUGAGUGAUGGAAACAGCAUACCUUUGAUUGGACUGGGAACGUAUGGGGAUCCCCACCAGACCCCAAAAGGAACUGCAUAUGAAUCGGUCAAAUUGGCCAUUGAAACCGGAUACAGACACAUCGAUGGGGCUUUGGUCUAUUUCAAUGAACACGAGGUGGGACAAGCUAUCAGGGAGAAAAUUGCAGAUGGAACAGUGAAGAGAGAGGACAUCUUCUAUUGUGGAAAGCUGUGGAACACAUUCCACCCCCCAGAGCUGGUUCGACCUGCGGUGGAGAAAACUUUGAAGACAUUGCAGCUGGAUUAUGUCGACCUCUAUAUAGUAGAGAUGCCCACAGCCUUCAAGCCGGGAGACACAUUCUACCCCAAAGAUGAGAAUGGGAAACACAUUUAUCAUGAGACAGACCUCUGUGCAACCUGGGAGGCUUUGGAGGCUUGCAAAGAUGCUGGGCUGAUAAAGUCUCUCGGAGUAUCCAACUUCAACAAGAGGCAGCUGGAGUUGAUACUGAACAAACCUGGGCUCAAACACAAGCCAGUGUCAAAUCAGGUUGAAUGCCACCCUUAUUUCACUCAGCCAAAGCUGAUCGAGUACUGCCGGCAGAAGGACAUUGUCAUCGUGGGGUACAGCCCUCUCGGGACAUCUAGAGAUGCAUCCUGGGUCAACCUAAAGUGCCCUCCACUGUUGGAAGACGAGCUCCUGGCAUCAGCUGCUAAAAAGUACAAUAAGACCACGGCACAGGUGGCCUUGAGGUUCAACGUGCAGAGAGGAGUGGUGGUCAUCCCGAAAAGCUUCAACCCUGUUCGCAUAAAGGAGAACUUUCAGAUAUUCGACUUCUCUCUCUCCGAGGCUGAGAUGAAGGCGAUUGAAGGACUGAACAAGAAUAUUCGUUUCGUGGAGCUUCUCAUGUGGGCUGAUCACCCAGAAUACCCGUUCCACGAUGACUACUAGUUGCAACAGAAGUCAAGACGUCACAUUUUACUAAAGCUGCUUUGUUCACUAUGCUGCUUUUGCAAUAUUUUGUGCCUUAUACCGGAAAUAAUUUUUUUUACAUUUACUCUGCAUUUCAUGAAGGAUUUCUGAUAUAUGCUUUACUUUACUGAUUGAAGUGACUUCAAUGAUUCAAUUCAAUUCAAUGAGCAGAACAAAUUUUCUUUAUGAAUCUGACUUAAAGACAAAUGGAAAACACUGUU